UGUUAAUAACGGAGCCUUCCUGAAACCGGGCCGCCUCAGGGAGUAACGGUGGCCUUACCGUGGCAAGGGGCGCUACUGCGGUGGACUAUAUAUUUCCCCACAAAAUUUUUUGACCACUGGGCCCGCCUCGUCGGGCAGGUGGUCGUACGACCAAGAUGAAUACAAAUAAAAACAAAAACAUAAAUUACGAAAAUAAUGAAGAUGAAUGGAAGUUGCUCGUUAAAGCUCUUAGGAGAAGAGAGGGUUACGACUCCAACAGUGAUGAGAGCUCGGCAGGAGAGAGGGAGCAUUUAGCAAGCCCUAGCAAAGAAGCGGAGAGAGCAGAGGCCAAAAAGGCGCGGAAAAGAGAGCGGAAGAAAGCUCUAUCGCAAUAUAAAGCGGCACUGCGCAUAAUCAAGCGCUUUGGAGCCGUGGUUUACCUGACAAGCCGUGAGAAGGAGCGCUUAGCGUGGGCAAGAGAGACGGUAAGGUCAGAACGUGCACAGUUCGAUAGAGAACAUUAUGCUACAACAAAUCGGAGAUACCCUAACAGUAUAGAGGAGAAGCACGCUAGUGGCGAGUUUGAAAGGAAGCGCCUUGCGAAAAAUGAUACGAUAGACGAUAAACCACUUCACAAGGCCGUAAGGCGGGAAAACCGCGACGACAAUGAUCCGUCGACUUCGAAGGCGGCUUUGUUAAAGAGCAGCGCGCAAGCUAAGAACGGCGAAGAUAUAGAUGGGAUCCCAGAUUCUGUAGGAUUAAGUGAGGUAGCCGAGCAGCACCUGACUGUCGCGCUGCUGGAUCAUAGUGAUCCCUAUGGCAAGAUGACCACUGAAAAGUGGAAAUCUGUAGAGGGUGAGCUAUUGAGUCUAAUGAUCAGGCAAAUGCAUGAAGAGCCGGACAAACCCAUGCCUACAUUUGACGGCGAAGGCUGGUUUUACGGGGUCAAGCUCCUUAAAUGCAAGGACAGCGCAGCACUGGAAUGGCUAAAGCAAGCAGUUCCAAACCUACAAAGGCAAGGGGACAAUGCACACUUAGAAGUGGUGGACAGAGUUCUGAUCCCCACAAUUCCGAAGGCGAAGGUAUGGAUCCCCUACGUGGUGAAGUCGGAUUACGCCCUGCGCUUGUUACAGGCACAAAAUCCGAAUAUACCAACACGGGAUUGGAAGGUACUUCACGUAUCUAAGACGACGGAUGAGGGCCAGAGCUACAUACUCCAAAUCAACAAAGAGGCUGAAGACUUGUUGUACCCAGAGUAUGGCAAAAUGUCGUGGGGUAUGGGCAGCAUAUAUUUGCGUCUGAAAAAGCGUAACCUAAAAGACGAUAACACAAAUACGCUAGAAGUAGGAGAAAUCGAGAAAGAUCUAGGUUUCGAUAACGUGACUGGCCUGAAAAUAGUGGACGAGGCAGCUAAGGAUGGUGAUGAGGUACUAGAAGUGCAGAAUGAGAUGAAGGACGAGCGACUCGCUGAUGCUGAGGGUCCUUCAAGUAAAUCUUCAAUACAAUAAAUUUACUUCGAACGAGCUCCUCAUAACGGUGGAUUAGGAGUCGUUCGACGUGGGCUUGGGCCAAGAGCUUCGACUUGCGGCUGGCGGGGGGAUAUCCGGACUUAAUUCAGCGAAGUUCUGCUCAUACUACAUGAAGUUAGAAGGCAGGCACAGAGGACUUGGUGGAAGUGGCUACCGAACGGGA